UCUCCUUAAUAAAACGCUUCUGUACCCAAACAGUGUCUUGAUUCGUGUGUCGAAACCCUCCCUCCUUUUUUUUUGCGUUUGUCUCGUUUUCUCUGCUGUUCCCUUUCCUCCCGAGACCUUUCGAUCACCUUAUCAGGUCGUCCGCUGAACGUAUAGAAGGAAACUGAAAAGACGCCAAACGGGUCCAACUACACCUCCAGGUCCAAUUACCCUCACUCACAAAACGCCGUCAACAUGCCUGCCGGUACCGGAAUCACCGAGGUCUCGGGCGUCAAGCGCGCCGAUGUCCACAAGCAGGUCAAGCAGCUAAUCCACGACAUGGUCAACAUCAACGACACGACGGGCGAGUUCCUCAUGACGCUCGAGGACGGCCGUGUCAUCGACACCAAGGGCUGGGAGGACUGGGAGUGGACCCACGGCAUCGGCUUGUACGGCAUCUGGAAGUACUACGAGCUCAACGGCGACCCGGCCGACCUGAAGAUCAUCGAGGACUGGUUCAAGAACCGCUUCGCCGAGGGUCACAAGGGCAAGAACAUCAACACCAUGGCUGUCUUCCUCACCCUUGCCUACGUCUACGAGAAGACGGGCAACGAGACCUACCUGCCCUGGCUCGACAGUUGGGCCGAGUGGGCCUAUCACGACCUUCCCCGCACAAAGUACGGCGGCAUGCAGCACAUCACCUACCUCGAGGUCAACGACCAGCAGCUCUGGGACGACACCCUCAUGAUGACCGUCCUGCCCCUCGCCAAGAUCGGCCUCGUCCUCAACCGGCCCCACUACGUCGAGGAGGCCAAGCGCCAGUUCCUCAUCCACCUGCAGUACCUCUUCGACGCCCCCUCUGGCCUCUUCUUCCACGGCUGGACCUUCCACGAGGGCGGCCACAACUUCGCCCGCGCCCGCUGGGCCCGCGGCAACAGCUGGCUGACCAUCGUCAUCCCCGAGUUCAUCGAGCUGCUCGACCUCGCGCCCCAAGACUCGCUGCGCUCCCACCUCGUCAACACCCUCGAGGCCCAGUGCGCCGCCCUCGUGCCCCUGCAGGUCGACAGCGGCCUGUGGCGCACCCUGCUCGACGUCCCCGAGGACGAGGGCUCCUACGUCGAGGCCAGCGCCACCGCCGGCUUCGCCUACGGCAUUCUCAAGGCCCAGCGCAAGAGGUACAUCGGCAAGGAGUACGAGCCCGUCGCCGUCAAGGCCGUCAAGGCCGUCCUCGACAACAUCAGCCCCGAGGGCGAGCUGCUCCACACCUCCUUCGGCACCGGCAUGGGCCACGACCUGCAGCACUACAAGGACAUCCCCCAGACCAGCAUGCCAUAUGGCCAGGCCAUGGCCAUGAUGGCCCUCGUCGAGUUCCUGCGCGUCUUUGUAUAAAGUUUUAUGAUUAAUGGCGAAUGAAAAAUAAAAUAAAACGAAACCUAAUUACUUCUUACGAGACUUUUCUGAGAAUAAAAUAAAACCC